AUGGUGAAAGAUCUAAGCGACAUCCUUGCAUUCGGCUGUGGUGCUCUGGACAAGCCGGAGCCGUACGUGGUUGCCCGAGUUGGUGUUACCGAGAGAACCACACCGGUAGCUGGAGUCGUGAGCGGGAAGUCGACCUGGGCCGACACCUGCCUCGCCCUUCCGGUUGCGGAUGAGGGUUUGGGUGUCCUAUCGACGUUGCGAUUGGAACUGUGGACGUCGAACCCCGUCCAGGACGACCAAGUAGGGUACGUCGAGGUGGACCUUGCGUCACUUUCGAAUGACCGUGAGUUCGGCAGCGGCGCACCUAGCUCAAUCCCAAGUGGUGUGCGAGUUCCGCUUGACCUCCCACUGCUGUGCCUCACCGGCGCAGGUGGCGAUGAAUUUGGAGACAUUACCCUACCAACCCUUUCGUGCAGUGCUGCGCUGCAGACUAAACGUGGCGGUUGCGACCGGCUGAAAGAGGCGCUUCGCAACCCUCAAAGUAAGUCACCUGGGGAGACCGUCACUCUCCCAGCCAUCGGGCCAAAUGAGGGUCCUGGUGUCUUGAAGGUGAUGGUUCUCGGCAUAGCUUUGCACGAGGAUGUCGAAGCGCCGGAAGUACGAUUGACGCUGUUUCCAGGGAAGCGGUUCGCGACCACGCGCCCGCUACUGGAGAUCGGCGGCAACCCGAGUGAGCAGGACGGAGACAAGAGCAGCGUGACCGGCUCGUGGAACCAAGAGCUUGAUAUCCCGUGUUAUGCCACAGAUUUUGAGGCGCUCGACACGGUUGUCUCGCUGCAGGCAGACGUCGUUGUGGCCGGGGUGCUGGCGGGACAGAGAGUUCUUGGACAAGGGCAGGCUGAGGUCUCAGGCGUGAUUCAGGCACGACGAGAGCAAGAGAUAAAUCUGGACAUCGUCUCUCUCAACAGAGGAGCAGCGCCGCACACACUUGGCCAGCUAUCGCUUUCUGUUCGGUUUGAGGAUGCAUGGGAGACCCCACGACAUGACUCUUUGCCUAGCCCGGAAAGCCCAAGCGGACCGCAAGCGAAAAGCCUACAUUGCCCUGGAAUCCUGCGGAUGUUUGUCGUAGACGCGAGAGAACUGUCGGGGCUGAAGCGACAUCAGGACCCGUACGUGGUCGUCGAACGAAUAGCAGUUGAUCCGACGAUCCCCUGCCAAGCCAAGCCAUUCAGCAGUGCGGCGGCGGUGGUCGGAAAGGGAAGACAGGCACGGUGGCUCGAGAGCUGCGACCUUCGGGUAGGACAGUCUGAAGCUGACUUCCUGCGGGGCCAGGCUGGAGGUGGUUCGAUAACACUUACAGUGUCCUUGACAGACAAAGAUGUACGCGGAGGCGACGAGCCAAUAUCUUCACUCGAGUUGGUGGUGACCCCGGAGUCGCUAGCAGAGAGGGAUUCCUCGGUCCUGUGGCACCAGCUUUUCUCACAGGGGCGAGAUCGCGGUUUCAUCCGUUUGGGGUGCUGUUGGAUCCCUGCUGCCCUUGAGCCGGUCAAUAUAUGCGGAUUGAGGCCAGAGGAAAGGGUGGAGACAGGAACGCUUUACCUCUGGCUGAAAGAAGGGAGACAACUCGUCAACCCAAAUCCUGCGGCUCAGCGCGUAAGAGGUCUGCCACCCACGUGCGAAAUCGAGCUGCGGCCGUACGAAAAAGUGGGUCGCAAGAAGGCGAGGGAGAUCCUGGGCUGCGCACGUGUGCCGGAAAUGGAUAACCCUGAUGUAGACGUCGGAAUGUUCCACAAGUUCCUGAAGAUGGAUUUCGCCCAGGCAACUUCUCUCGCAGACAACGACCUGGCGGACACGUCGCCGAGCUGUGUUUUGACCGUGUACACCAAGUGCGGCGAAAAGAAGGUUGUGUCGGGGAGGGCAGAAGUCCUUCUCGCGAGCUUGUGCGGCUAUAAAAACCUUAAUGGAGAAGCCGUGCUUCGGAGUCCACAUCGCCGUCGGGGUAACCCCAACAGUAACACAGCAGGAGGGAGUGCUCACACUGUAGCAUUUCGACAAUUCGGAAACGAGCGGGUAUUGGGGUGUGACGAGGCGGAGCGUUUCAACUGCCCUGUGGCGGCGAUGGACAAGGUGAUACCCCUUCUUGAGGACGACCGAAGUUAUUCUGAUGGUGCCAACCAAGGAGGGGGUCCUCUACGCAUGCGCAAUGCUGGGCGGGGCGGGGAGCUGAGGUUGCGGGCACUAUACGUGCCGGACAGGGUCGCAGAUGGUCUGGGGGUGAGGGCGGCCAUCAAGGCUCUGUCAAGGGCGGCGGAAAAAUCAAUGCAGUUUUUCACUGAAAACCCAGCUGCGGCUCUUUCACGAGCUGCCGAUGACGGCGGUGGGGUAGGCGAUAGCCAAGCACUGGACUCCAAUGCAACGGCGCUGCCGGGGGCGUUGGACGUGCACCUGAUCCGAGCGACCGAUUUGGAGUGGGUGGAGGAAACCGUCGACCCGAUCGUUCAGCUGAGGUUAUUGUGCUCCGCCGGAGCUGAGUUGCACACGAGGUAG